GUGCCGGUGGCCCGUCCCCCGUGUCCCCAGCCCGGCCCGUGUCCCCCCGGUGCCGGCGGAUGGAGCUGAGCUGUUCCAUGGGGGGCAGCACCGCCGCCCCCCCGGGCCCUGGCCCGCCCGCCGCCACCGGGGCCGGGCUGAUGGAGGGCGAGGAGUACGAGAGCCUGCCCAGCGGCGUCGCGCUCGGCACGCACAUGGUGGCCGGGGCCGUGGCGGGGAUCAUGGAGCACACGGUCAUGUACCCCGUGGACUCGGUCAAGACACGGAUGCAGAGCCUGCAGCCGGACCCCAAAGCCCAGUACAGGAGCGUGUACGGAGCUCUCAAGAAGAUGGUGCUGACAGAGGGGCUCUGGAGGCCUUUACGUGGGGUUAAUGUCACCAUGAUGGGGGCUGGCCCUGCCCACGCCUUGUACUUUGCCUGCUAUGAGAAAAUGAAAAAGUCUCUCAGUGAUAUUUUCCAGUCGGGAGGAAACAGCCACUUGGCCAAUGGCAUCGCUGGGAGUGUGGCCACGCUGCUCCAUGACGCCGUGAUGAAUCCUGCUGAAGUGGUGAAGCAGCGGCUGCAGAUGUUCAACUCUCCGUACACGUCGGUGCUGGGCUGCGUGCGGACGGUGCGCCGGACCGAGGGCUUGGCGGCCUUCUACCGCAGCUACACCACGCAGCUGACCAUGAACGUGCCCUUCCAGGCCCUCCACUUCAUCACCUACGAGCUCCUGCAGGAGCACCUCAACCCCCUGCGCCUCUACAACCCCGGCUCUCACGUCGUGGCCGGAGCCGUGGCCGGAGCCGUGGCCGCGGCGGCCACCACGCCGCUGGACGUGUGCAAGACGCUGCUGAACACGCAGGAGAACACGGCCCUGAGCUCCCUCAACAUCAGGGGUCACCUGUCGGGCAUGGCCAACGCCUUCAGCACCGUUUACCGCCUGGGAGGGCUUCCUGCCUUCUUCAAAGGUGUCCAAGCUCGGGUCAUUUACCAGAUGCCCUCCACGGCCAUCGCCUGGUCCGUGUAUGAGUUCUUCAAGUACUUCCUGACCAAGCAGGCGCUGGAGAAAAAACCGUCCUCGUGAAAGCCACUGGGAAUCUCCCUGUGUCUCCUUGAAGCCAGCCCGGCUGGAAUUCUGCUGGAUUCACAUCUCCCUGCCUGGGCCGGGGUGGGGGCUCCUGUGGUGCUUGGUCAUUGAGUGUCCUCAGGGAUUCCUGGUCACCAGAUGUCCCCAGGGAUUCCUGUGGUGCUUCCUGGAGAUUGCUGGUCACUGAGUGUCCCUGAGGGAUUCCUUGGUCACUCAGUGUCCCUGUGAAUUCCUGGUCACUGAGUGUCCCCAAAGAUUCCUGAGUGUACCCAGGUAUUCCCAUGAUACUCCCCAGGUAUUCCUGAGAUUUCCUGGGAUUGCUGGUCACUGAGUGUCACCAGGGAUUCCUGAGUGUCCCUGAGGGAUUCCUUGGUCACUGAGUGUCACCAGGGAUUCCUGAGUGUCCCUGAGGGAUUCCUUGGUCACUGAGUGUCCCCAGGGAUUCCUGUGGUGCUCCCCAUGGAUUCCUGGUCAUUCAGUGUCCCCGUGGAUUCCUGGUCAUUCAGUGUCCCUGGAAUUCCUGGUCAGUGUCCCCAUGGAUUCCUGGUCAGUGUCCCUGGAAUUCCUGGUCAGUGUCCCCGUGGAUUCCUGGUCACUCAGUGUCCCCGUGGAUUCCUGGUCAGUGUCCCUGGAAUUCCUGGUCAUUCAGUGUCCCUGGAAUUCCUGGUCAGUGUCCCCAUGGAUUCCUGGUCAGUGUCCCUGGAAUUCCUGGUCAGUGUCCCUGGAAUUCCUGGUCACUCAGUGUCCCCGUGGAUUCCUGGUCAGUGUCCCCAUGGAUUCCUGGUCACUCAGUGUCCCCAUGGAUUCCUGGUCACUCAGUGUCCCCGUGGAUUCCUGGUCACUCAGUGUCCCUGGAAUUCCUGGUCACUCAGUGUCCCUGUGAUUCCCACUCACUGAGUGCCCUCUUCCCUCCCUUAAACAACAACCAAAAAAAAAGAGUUUAUACAGACUUUUAUAUUAAUAUAUAUAUAUAUUUAAUAACUUUAUUUUGCAGCAGUGGAAUUGCAAGCUGCUGUUUUUCUGGGAAAUGAGAUGGAAGAUGGAGUUUACUCCUUGCUGAAGGUUUAGGUUAUCCAACCUAAACUGUUUUUUUCUUGUAAUUUUUUUUUUAUUUUUACAGCAAAGAAACGAAAAAAAAAAAAUGUCCUGGCACAGAAGUUAAUUUUUAUAUAAAUAUAAAAUAGCUGGAUAAUGUUUAUCCUUUAUUUUUCUAUGUAGGCAGUUGGGUGGGUUUUUAAAUGCUUUUACAGCUGGGUGCAAAGCUUUUUUAAAAAGGGCUCAGCUCUUCCCUCCUGCGUAAGGAAGACCCAAAAUCGUGAAUUUUGUGGCCAGAUUUCCUUUAAUUACCCAGGGGGUGGCCUGGCUUCUGCUCUGAGUAUCAAGGUACUUGAGGGGACAAGGAAUGGGGACAUAACUUUGGGAAAGCGUGGGGCAUCCCAAAAUCCCUUUGUGUGUGUGUGUGGGGGAGAGAACUCAAUUCCAUUUUUAACCACUCUCGAAGAUGCUGAUUUUUAACUGAUA